AUGAAUGGUCGUAAUGUGAAAAUUGUGAGGAGAAAUUACAACAAGAUUGAGGCUGUGUGUCAUAAUGGAUGCAGAUGGAGAUUGUAUGCUAGUUUGGUAAAGGAGGAGAAAACAUUUGCAAUUAGGAAGCUACAACCCCAACACACAUGUUCUAGAGUGACUAGGAAUAGAGCUGCUACGGCUGGUUGGAUCGCUAAGGAGUUUAUCUCAAAAUUCAGGAGAAAUCCUAAUUGGGAUGUCAAAGAAGUAGCAGGGGAUUUGAUGGAGCAGUAUGCAGUAGAGGCAGGAAAAUCAAAAUGCUACAGAUCAAGGAAUGCUGCUACACAAAUGUUGAAGGGAUUUAUUGUGGAACAUUAUGCCCUGUUAAGGCCAUACAAGGCAGAGCUAAUGAGGGUAGAUAGUACUGGGAGGUUUGACUUUUUGAUCAACGAGGUGGAUGAAUUGGGUGGGGCACUAUUAGCUGCAGUAGCAAAGGAUGGGAAUGAUCAAAUGUAUCAUGUAUUUUGGGCAGUGGUUCAAAGUGAGAAUGAACAUUUUUGGACUUGGUUUAUGAAUAUAGUUUUUGAGGAGCUGAAUUUGGGGGAUGGGCUUGGCUGGACAUUCAUAAGUGACCAACAAAAGGGCCUUUGCAAUGCCAUAGUAAGGCUGGCACCCCUAGCCCAACACAGAAAUUGUGCCGGACAUGUCUACUGCAAUUGGAAGAAAGAGUUCAAGGGUCAAGCCUUAAAGAAACCUUUUUGGGCUGCAGCAAGACAAACUCAUGAGCCUGGUUUGAACCUCGUAUUUAUGCUUCGUCAUUCCAAGAUGAGAAGAACAAACGAAGAAGCUCUGAGAAAAUGGGGAGCGAAGGUGACAAAAUGGGUUUUCGAGAGUUUUAGGGCUUUCAGCUUUUUAGGGAUUUCAGAGAUAAAAAGAGAAAUUAGAUCGACUGAAUGA